AAAGUUAGGAAUAAGUGAAAAUGGGAGAUAGUUUGGGUGUAAUUGGAAAGGGAAUUUCUUCCCAAUGGCCCAACAUGUGAACGAAAUAGAAGAACAUAAAAGAUGGGGCAAUAAGUGAAGGGAAAAUAUAAUAUAGUCCUAGCUAGUUAAAAGGUUGUGUUUGUAAGAUUAUUUGAGGUGAAUUUUAAAGGAAGAGAAGUAAAGAAGGAAAUGGAGAGUGAAAAAGAAGUAGAAAAUGGAAGAUACAUAAUUUUAAUAAGUGGAGUGAGCAAAGGGUUAGGAAGAGCUUUGGCUUUGGAAUUUGGAAAGCUUGGGCAUAUCAUUGUUGGCUGUUCUCGCAAUCAAAACCAAUUGGAUUCCCUACAACAUCACCUUUCUACCAUUUCUUCACUCACUCAUUUGCUUAUCAAAGUUGAUGUGAGCUCAAAUGAUGAGGUGAAAGAGAUGGCAGAAACUGUGUUACAGAAAGUGGGCCCUCCUCAUAUUAUAGUAAAUAAUGCAGGUGUGAUAAACGAAAACGUGAAGAUGUGGGAAGGUUGUGUUGAAGAGUUUGAUAAUGUGAUUGAUACAAACAUAAAAGGAACAGCAAAUGUGAUACGUAAUUUCAUUCCUCAUAUGAUUUCAAACAAUAAAAAAGGCAUCAUCGUUAAUAUGUCUUCCAUUUAUGGAAGAACUGCAGCUCCUCUGAUUUCAGCAUAUGGUAGCUCAAAAUGGGGAAUUGAAGGGUUAAGCAAAUCAUUAGCAAAAGAGGUACCAAAAAGAAUAACAGUUGUGGCAUUGGAUCCUGGCAUUAUAAAUACAGAAAUGCUUGCUACUCAUAUUGGUUCUCAUUCAGCUUCUCAUUAUCAAACACCUCAACAAUGGGCUACGAAGGCAGCUUCUAUGAUUCUCAAUCUUUCAAGUGCUGAUAAUGGUGCAUCUCUCACUGUUGAGGAUCCUGGAAUUCUUGUUAGGUGAAUUCUCAUGAUUUCAUCGAGAAAUUAUAUAUAUUGCUCAAGAAACUUUCUUGUUAGUCUGUGUUCUUUUUUCCUCCUUUGCUUAUAUUAUGAUAUGUUUGGCUGUUGUUAUAAUAAUUAUAAUUAUAGUUAUUAUUAUUUCUCUACUCCGAGACAUAUUAAUGUUGUGUGAGGACGAUAUUCAACUAUAACGUGGAAAGUAUUAAUUUUAAUAUAUACUACAUUCUUAUCUUAA